CACGACUUCCUUGUUCGGAGAAGUGAAUCUUAGAUAAGUAUAUACACGCGCUGCUUCACACAUCUGUCACAGUUAGGACAGGAACAAGAACACAGAGCAGAAUGGAGACUGGACAGAAUGUAUAUGUCAAUUCUGGCCAUACUACUGAAAAUAAAUUAGAUAAUCAGAAUAGUAAGUUAUUUUCUAGCAGUAAUGUGUAUGAAGGCAUGAGCGUGGAUGAAGACGACCGGGGCACACAUAGCACCAGAAGAUACCUGGGACGUAUCACUGUAUGGAGCAGAUGUCACAGACUGACUGCAGUGUGUGUGCUUCUGCUGUGUGUUCUCUUACUGACUGCCGUAACAGUGCUGUCGAUCAAAUACUACAACCUGAUUCUAGAGAGAGACCAGUUAAAGACCGGUUACAACAACCUGACUCUAGAGAGAGACCAGUUAAAGACCGGUUACAACAACCUGACUCUAGAGAGAGACCAGUUAAAGACCGGUUACAACAACCUGACUCUAGAGAGAGACCAGUUAAAGACCGGUUACAACAACCUGACUCUAGAGAGAGACCAGUUAAAGACCGGUUACAACAACCUGACUCUAGAGAGAGACCAGUUACAGACCAGUUACAGCAACAUGACUCUCAAGAAAGACCAGUUAGAGACCAGUUACAACAACUUGACUCUAGAGAGAGACCAGUUACAGUCCACUAAUUAUGACUUGAAUAGGAAGAAAGAUCAACAAGAAGCCAAACUAAAGGAACUGAUUAAAGAUAUGAUCACUUUACAAACCAGUUAUAACAACACGCUUAAAAAGAGUAAUCAGUUACAGAUGGAAAAAGACACCAUUGAGAAGAUGUUGGCUGCUAUACGUUCACAUACCAAAUUGGGAUGGAAAUAUUUCAACUCCAGGUUUUACUACAUCUCUGCUGAGAAGAAAACCUGGAGUGAAAGCAGACAGGACUGCAGAAAAAGAGGAGCAGACCUGGCCAUCAUAAACACCAGCGAGAAACGGGACUUCAUCGUUACCCAGCUGAGCAACAAUGAGGCUUGGAUUGGUCUGAAUGACAUAGACAGAGAGGGGGUGUGGAAAUGGGUGGACGGUUCACCACUGACCACUAGGCUCUGGUGUCAAGGGGAACCGAAUAAUGCAGGGGAUGAGGACUGUGUGGAGACUGGCUCUCCCAGUAGGAACUGCUGGAAUGAUCAGCCCUGCCAAUCUCAGUUAAUAUGGAUCUGUGAGAAAAGCUUGCAGUAAUGAUUUUAAAGCACAGGGAAAUGAUCAAAUGUUCCUGCAAGCUCAGGCGGCAUGUACUGAGCAGUUGUAACUGCAUGUAAUUCUAUUACCUGGUGUUAAAGGAAAGGUUUUUCCUUUAGGAAAGGAAACUUUUUAAUUUUUGCUUUCAAAUGUCCAAAUUUCGAGUGUGAUCGGUGGGUGAUCUGAAGAUUUUUGCAUACAAUUUUUAAACUAACAUUUAUAUUUAACAUUAAAAGAUUUAGUGAGUUAUAUAUCCGUGUAUUUACAUCUAAAUAGAUUAAAAGCUUGCAAACAAAGAAAUAAUGAUAAAGAAUAAAGAAUCAAUCAAAAAAAGGAUCAUUGUGCUAAUCACUAAUGGUUUGCUUACAAAUAUUACUGAAGAUCAUGAAAUGUAUAUUAACAAUGAAUCAAUAUGCAUGUAGAGUAUCCCUGUUAAUUGACAAAAUAAAGUAUUUUUUGCUUGUCUUGUAUACUUAA